CGCAAGACGGUGAUCAAAUGAUCAUAUUAUUUCAUACUAGAUGUGUUAUUAAAUCCAUCUACACUGAAUUGUUAGAUGAUUCAUAGAUGCACGAAUCUGCGACGGUGCUCGCAAAGACUAACCGUCGUGAAUUUCAGUACAAUAAUUGUCCAAUGAAAGUGGAAUUAGAUGAACUACAUGUGAGAAUGAGAAUGUCAACAAGCCCCAAUCAUAUGAUCGCGCGACGCAAGCAAGCUUUCCCGACGCAGCAAGCUUGGACGCUGCGUAAAAUAUUUUGGGAUGAAAGGAUGAAGUACAAUCUGUAGCAGUAACAGUAAGCGAUAUUUUAUGCAUUCGCCAAUGAUGGCCACUGCAGCCAGCUGCGGGCAAUGUGAGCAGUGGCAGUAGACCUGAAGUAGCCAGUGGAAGCUAGUUACUAGGUAGACAAUGUUCAGACUGUUGAUGACCAGUUAGGGGGUCUGCUAUCAGAGCAGGUAUACCCAGUGAGAGGACGAAGAAACCAUGGACCUCAGCGAGAGGAGGCCCAACAAGUGGUGGACAGAGUCAGACACCUUUGCCAUGCUGGCCCUCAUAGAGCAGCUGGACCUGGUGCACGAGCUGGAUAAGAAGCGCCAGCGCAACGACUCGCACUUCCGCCGCCUGCGCUACAGCCUCGGCAAACGAGACAUCCACUUCACCGUCAACCAGAUCCGUAACCGCUGGAAAAGCCUCAAGCAUAAGUACCGCAAGAUUAAGACAGCAGGAUACCGUAGCCCUGCAGCGCGCCUGUCCGCCAUCGAGUCGUUCCGCUAUUUCCGUAUGCUGGACCGCAUGCUGGCCAGGAGGGCUCGGGUGGGGAUCCCAGAGCAAGGCAGUGUGGACGGACACAGUUUGGUGGUGUUGACCCCUUCCGACCUGGAGGAUCACGCUGAUGAUGUUGCUCAGCCUUGCUCUGUGGCCCCUUGGCAGGACAGUCUCACUCAAGCUGUAGGUGGCGAAGGAGAGGACACUAACGACAUCCCAGAAGAAGCCAACGGCAGCACUCAAGGCUGGACCUUGCGGUCCGAAGAGAUCAUGACUUUGGGUCUGUCUGGAGAGUACCUUUACUCAGUGAAGAGUGAGCCACAUUCAGAACCAUCCUUACAUGAUGAUGAGCGACCUAGUGACCCCACUAGUUGCAGUCCAGAAGAGCAAACUGGCAACUGUGAGGACACCAGCACCUUGAUCCUCCAGCAGCUCACCAUCCUGAACCAUCAGUUAGGGGAGCAGCUUGCAGAGCAGAGGGCUUUCCACUGCAGCAUGCUGGGUAUGAUGGACCGGCAGAUAGAGGUCCUGGAGCAGCUCUCUAACUUCUCCACAGGCCGUCGUGUCAAGACUGAAUCCGACGACAGUGACACUCCUAUCAGCCAGCAGGUCCACAACUCCCUGGUGCGAAUUCUGAGGGGGGUGGAACACGUCCAGACCCAGGCACACCAACCAUGCUCAUGCAAGGCCUCGCCCUCACAACCUACAUCACCCUCUUGGACAGUUUCCCUGUUGGAGGUCCACAAAGGUUCACCCUCUCGGGAUGGCAACUCAACAAGUGAGACAUCCAACCCUCAGCUCUCAGACAAUGGCGUGUCUGAACGUCAAAGACAGUCUCUCUCAGAUCUUGGCGUGUCUGAACGUCAAAGACAGUCCCUCUCAGAGCAGCUUCCCUCUUGCGCACAGAAGGGGAUUCUGCUUAACUGACUUAAGCAAGUGCCAACGCAAAUUAGUGCUCUUGAAGAGUCAUUUGGCGGUGGAACUUUGUUUUGUCCUGCUUUGAGCAGGUUAGGCUUUUUAAGGGUUAGGGUAGGGUUACAAUCGAGGUAGGUACAAUGACUAACCCUGGUCAAAUGUCCUCUCCGAGCAUGCAGCCUGUUGGAAUGUAAGCUCUGCAUUCACAAGAGGCUACCAGUCACAUAAUUCCUGCCUUCUGCCACAAGAUCAAGAUUCUUGGUGGAAAGCGAUAAGCGGCAUGCUGUGACGGAGGACAGUAUAGACAAAAACAUUUAAGAACACUUACAAUUGAAGAAACUUUUCCAGAAUGUCUUGUAAAAUAAAAAGG